AAAAAUACUCCUUCUUGACAAAGUUGCAGUUUGUACCAGCCAUUAACGACCUUAGACUUUUACCUCCAAUAAACUCAACCAUCUUUGCAAAAUCACUCACCUUCCCUCUACUCCCUUCUCCUCCAUAUAAAUCCUUGACCCACAUAUACAUACACCUCCACACGUGCACCAAUCAUUUACAGCUGCAUAUUCAACAAGAAUACUAGAGGGUCUCUGCUCGCCAUGGGUUGCUCUGCCUCCCUUCCAGAUAGGAGUUCUUCUGGGCGGUUGGUCGGGCCAAAUUCCGAAAACGGUGGCGCUUCUGAUGCCAAAAAUCUACGCGUGAAGCUAGUUUUGUUGGGUGAUUCUGGCGUUGGUAAAAGCUGUAUUGUUCUGCGUUUUGUUCGUGGUCAGUUUGACCCCACAUCCAAGGUGACAGUUGGAGCUUCAUUCUUGUCACAGACGAUAGCUUUGCAAGAUUCUACAACCGUUAAAUUUGAAAUAUGGGACACUGCUGGCCAAGAGAGGUAUGCUGCAUUGGCCCCCCUUUACUAUCGCGGUGCUGCAGUUGCAGUGAUUGUAUAUGAUAUAACAAGUCCGGAAUCUUUCAACAAAGCGCAGUAUUGGGUUAAGGAGCUACAGAAACAUGGGAGCCCUGAUAUUGUCUUGGCCUUGGUCGGUAACAAAGCUGAUCUUCAUGAGAAACGUGAAGUUCCUGUUCAAGAUGGCAUUGAAUAUGCAGAAAAGAAUGGAAUGUUCUUUAUUGAGACCUCUGCAAAGACAGCAGAUAAUAUUAAUCAGCUGUUUGAGGAAAUUGCCAAGCGGCUACCCCGUCCAGCCAUUUCAUCAACGCAGAAUCCAUGAAAGCCAAUUAAUUAAAGAACUUGUUCAUGUUAUGGAGACCUAGUUACAUUUUUUCAGUUCUCAAUUUGUGUAUAUUGUUAAAUAGUCUGUAACUUUUGCUUUUCAAUGGGCUUGGGUUUCAACCGAUAGUUUCAGGUCGAAAUUCAUGAUCAUAAUUGGCACCAAGCAAUAACCUAUAAAUGGAUGCGAACCCACUGUAGCGUAAUUCACUAAAGAAAUAAUAUUUAUGAAGUUAACAAAA